AUGAAUAAAUCGUUUGGCUUUCAAAUGGACUUAUUUUCGAUCCAUAAAAUUCAUAAACUUCUUAGCGAUCAUAGACUUCAAUAUGACAAGACUGUGAUAAUAAACUUCGUCUCGUGCUUCAUAGCAGGGAUUUUGAUGUUGGGUGAACUAAUCACUUUGGAUGAUGCCAAAACAAAAAAAAAAAUGACUAGUAUAAUCCAAUCAAAUAUAAUCGCCACAAAUUCCAUAAAUCCAUGA